AUGUUACGCCGCCUCCAUCGUGCAGUGACACUUUCCUCUGAGAACAAUGAAGCUGUCUCUGUGUGGAUAAAUGACGAUAUUCGCCCUUUGCCACCCUCCCGUCGCACUUGGUCGACUUUGACCUUUGUUGGAUGGUGGUCAGUUUGGCAGUUCAGUCUCACCAACUGGCAGCUUGGCGCUGCUCUUGUUGCAUCUUCGCUCUCCGUAUGGCAGACCAUGAUAGCGGUUAUACUGGGGAGAAUCAUUGCAGCAAUCGUGGCUGUAAUGAUAGGAUAUAUCGGGGCAGAGUGGCACAUUGGAUUCCCUGUCUAUUCAAGGGUCAUCUGGGGUAUUUUUGGCGCCAUCGUCCCAACCGUGAUACGUAUCGGGCUCACGAUCGUUGGUUUCGCCUUUCAAUCCUACACUGGCGGCCUUUGUGUGUCGGCCAUUCUGGCGGCCAUAUUUCCUUCAUUCAACAACUUACAAAAUACUCUCCCAGAGUCCGCACAUGUAACCACUCAGCAGAUAAUCGGAUGGGCCAUAUUUAAUAUUAUAUCGAUCCCGAUGCUUUAUCGUCGGCCCGAAAGGAGUGAAAAGCUGAUGAUAGGGAUGAAUGUAAUGUCUUUUGCUUCACUGCUGGGAAUCAUGAUAUGGUCCUUAUCUUACGCCAAGGGAGCUGGAGACUUGAUUCACCAAGCUUCAGAUCUCCAAGGCAGUUCUGCCCUGGGGUUUGGCAUCCUUCAAGGGACUACGACGGUGGUAGGGACGGUUUCAAUUGCACUUACUAGCCAGAUGGAUUUCUCCCGGUUUGCGCGAAAGCCUAGCGAUCAAGUUUUCGGCCAAUGGUUCACGUUCAUCAUAAUCGGGUCUAUCAUGCCGCUCUUCGGGUGCCUGACAUCAUCUGCGACGCAGAAGUUAUAUGGGGAACCUCUGUGGAACCCUCCUACCAUCCUGGCAAUGUGGUUGCAAAGGGAUUAUAGCUCGACGUCGCGAGCAGCGGCCUUUUUUGCUGGCCUCGGACUGGUCAGCUCCCAGUUGGCUUUAACAGUUGUCGAUAACGGGUAUUCUGUUGGUAUGGAUCUCUCCGGGUUACUGCCAAGAUAUGUCAAUAUCCGACGCGGUUGUUAUGUUGGGCUUAUUCUUGGGAUGGCACUCUGCCCCUGGGAAUUGUUAGCUUCUGCAAAAACGUUUGUCAGCGUCAUAUCAUCAUUCUCAAUUUUCAUGGCCCCCCUUUGUGGAAUUCACAUCAGCGAUUACUGGAUUGUUCGACAGCGGCGUCUCAAACUCUCAGACCUCUAUCACUCCAGACCUGAUGGAAUAUACUACUAUACCUCCGGUAUUAACUGGAGGAGUAUCAUCCCUUGGUUGGUAGGAUGGGUUCCAUUGCUUCCAGGAUUCAUACAUAGCAUAAAUCCUACCAUCAUGAUGCCGGUCGGAGUUGAUCGCUUGUAUGCACUCGGCUUCCCCUACGGGCUUUUGGCAUCAAUGGCAGUUCACACUGUCAUUAAUAUGGUAUUUCCACCACCGGGAAUUGGAGAUAUUGAUAAAGAUGAUAUUUUUGGAACGUUUACGCCAUCAGAAGCGGCAAAGCUAGGAGUUAGCCCAUUAGAAAGGGGCGAUGAUAGCGACGGGAAUUCCGCCCAGAGUUCCGGAAAUGGGGCUGAAAAGGUUUAG